GAACUAUUAUUUAUCGCGGCAUGUUGAUAACAGUCACCUUUUCAUAAUGCUGAGGAUAGCAGCAUUGAAUGAGACGUCGAAUGAAGAGGAGAGUGAUGAGGAGCUAGAAGUGGUCAGAGAGGAAGCAUUGGCACAAGAAGUUCAUGCGGUGUACGAGAAUGCUUUGCGAUUUAUGAGAGCAGGUCAGAUAGAGGAUGCCCAGGCUGCCUUCAUCCAGCUGCUAGAAUCUGACUUUCUACAAUACGUGACAGAAGAGAACAUAAAAAGAUCUGACCAGGAAGCUAUUAAAUUACGUCUUAAGUAUUCAGUGUGCAAGAAUCUUGGGUCGAUAGCAAGCCAACAGGACAUGUAUGAAUCUGCUCUGGAGUAUUACCUACAGGCUGUCAGCUUAGACUCGUCAGAUGUCAUUCUGUGGUUUGACACAGGACAGGUCGCGCUAAAGCUGCAUGACUACACCGUCGCGAGAGUGACGUUUGAGGAGGGUCUGCAGCGUAACUCUUCCUUCUGGCCAUGCCUGGAGAACCUCAUACUUGUGCUGUAUGCACUUGGAGACUUUACCUCUUGUCUGUGCUACAUCGCCCAAGCACUGGAGCACGACUACACAUUCUUGCUGGGUCUCGUCAUCAAGAACAAGAUUCUGGAAGAAGAUGCGCUCCUGCGACGGGAGUCCUUCGACUGGUUCCGUAAAUGUGAUCAGCGCGUGCACGAAGCAUUGCCACACAGUGCAGACGUACAGGAGAUACUCGAGCAAGCAGAAAACUUCCGCAAGGAGAGGAGGAGGCAAAUAGUUGAGAGUAAGAGCCAGCCAAUGCCGGAAUCCAGCCUUCUAAAACCUCUUGGAUCUCUCACGUGGCAAAAUCUUGGCCAGGCGCUAGCGGAUCUUUACGAUUUUAUCAUGACCAAUGAUCAGUGCAACCUGAACCUGGCAUGUAAGGUGAAGCUGAGAGAAGAAGCACCUGCAGGCCCCAACAUAUCCACUGUGACAUCUGUACAGGCACAAGAAGAACAAGGUGUAGCAGAAGAUAAGUGUGAGGGUACAGCCAAUACCAUCAAUGAAGCAGCACCAGCAGUCGGAGAGAAGGUCACGGGAAAGAGCUGUGACGCCGACGAGAAAUCUAAUGCAGGGUUGGAGAAGGGUGAUAGUUACAGCGUUCCAUAUGCGUCAGAGUGUGAGGACUCUGCCACAGAUGCUGAUAAUUCAGCAGUAGCAUCGCCAGUUGGCACACCCGGGCAUAAAAAGCCUGCCGCCCGAAAAAGAAAAGGCUCGGAACGGUUCCCUUAUCACUUUGUGGAUGACCUUGGGAAGAGGCGAUCAGCAAGAGUGCGUAAAACAGUUGUGCAGAAACAACAGGAGGAGAGCAUUGACUAUGAGGAACUCCUAACAGAUUUACUUCCUUCCACCCUCUUGAAAGAGUGUCAACAAGAAAUUGACAGUAACAUGAUGGAAGUGCAGGGUGAGAAAAGUGGAAAAAGUGAAGUCUUUGCUGGUUUGAAGAAAGAUGCCUCUAUAGGCUCCAUGGAGAAUGAGAACACUGAUGUUGAGACAUUUAUCCAAGAAAAUGUGAACAACUUUGGCCUUGUCCAUCUCAUGGCGGAUCUUUUAAUCGCAUUGUCCGCGAAGGCUGAGGAGCAGUGGCCAGAUGGUUUAACUCAGGUCUACAUCUCAGUCUAUGACAGAGUCCGGCUACAUGUACAAAACCCUCCCUUAUUCGCUGAAGACACAUACCUGCCGUCUGUGAAACAAAUGGCAAUGGUUAGCUUACUCGCGAUGGAAUUCAAAGUGGAUGCAGCUAUCAUGGAAUGGAAAUCGGUGACCACCCAGCCACCGUCAUCUUCCGGGCCAAACAAAGACGACUGCUUGGUCAACACCUUAGGUGAACACUUCACUAGAGAUUUUGUGCACCUGCACCUGCUAGUUGGGUAUACACCGGCAUUACUCGAGGAAACGCUCACCUACUCGAUACGCUUCUACUGGAUGAAAGCCUGGUGGAAUGUGAGCAAGGAUGCAGUUGUCGAUGCACUGGAUAACCUUGAACUGGCUGCUGAGGUCUUAAGAGAGGCAUCAAGAGAGAGGUCGCCAGAAAAUCCAGUUGUUAUUUUGCUACCCAACUGCAAGCACAGCACUAAACUGCACAUAAGUGAAUUGGAGCAGCAUCUGGUGGACUUGGAAAAGUCGUACUCCAUGAAGAAUUUACAAGCCCUACAAGAUGCUGGCAAGUACGCUGAAGUUGUGCAGCUACUGAUGAAGUCCUACUCUGACCAGCACUACGGCAUAAAGGCUUUGCACAAGGACGCCGCGGAUAAGCAGCGACACCUGCUGCUGCUGCAGCGUGCUCUGCUCAAGCUCGAGGACUACCGACAGUGCGUGGUGUGCGGUGAGCGGGCGACCGACGAGGCCUUGCAGGCUUAUGUGUGCGCGGAGGAGGGAGAGGAGAAGUGCGGCUGGGCGGCCACCAUCAUCGACCUGCUGGCAAGUCUUGACAGUGCCAUUAAAGCAGAAAAGGACUGUCUAAGCUCACUGGCCCUUAGUAGCAGGUCACGACUGGCAUACAACCUGAUCAAGUUGAUUGGCAUUACUAUGAGCACGGCGGAGGAGAGUGUGGAGUUGCUACCCAUCAGUACAGUGUUGCCUUGGAUGCUACUGCACUCCCUCAUUGAUUAUGAAGAGAGAGUGGGCUGUCGAGCAGAGGCUGAAAAGGAACGAAUAAAAAAAUCUAUUCUGUUGCUGCAGACUACUCAUGAACACUGUGGACGGAAAGGUUGGUGCACUCACUCCGAGGGGGCAUUGCUGCUUCUCUUUAUUAAUGUGCUGAACAAGGAGCUAGGCCAAGACAAGCCAGCUAAGAAGAAGUCGGUUAGGAAUGAGCUAAGAGAGAUGGCCGAGCAAUGCAUAUACUGUCUGUAUGGCCAUCCUAGCAAGAAAUCCAAAGCAAGACAUUUAGAGGACCAUGGAGGGAAGCAGCUGACGCUGACAUGGAAAAGAGCUUCAUCCGUGUUCAGGUUCUUCAGACCAGAAUUCUUGUCUGAGUUUGACAGCAUCAAGAGUGAUACUAUACUGCCUGAGGUGGAGGAGCUGAUCAAACGCAUCUUGGCGCUGAUUCCCAGUAGUGUGUGGAACCCAGCCAGCCACAUCGAUGAGGUGGUGGCCUACAUAGAUGGAACCCAGGAGCAGCUGCCCCAGCCGCCUAGCAACCUGUCAACUGACACAGAGUACAUUCUGAGUAACAUAUUCUACAUGUUGGCUGAUUACUACUUCAAGAGCAACGAGUCUGGAGACGCGAUUAAGUUCUACAUGCACGACAUUUGCAUGAAUCCGGACAGGUUUGAUUCAUGGGCAGGCAUGGCCCUCGCUCACAGCAGCAGACUGGAAGAAAAACUGUAUUCGGCAGAGCUAAAGCAUGACAAUUCCAUCCUGAAGCAAGCGAAAUCGACAUUGCGAUGUUUCCAGAAGGCACUGUUAAAUGACAGCAGUAACUCAUCUCUCUGGAUUGAAAAUGGUUCGAUUGCAUAUCAGGUGCAAUCCUAUAUAUCCUGUCAACUGAAACUGACUCACUGGGGCGCGAAGAAUCGAACGUCAGCACGGGCCCUGCAGGACAGCAGGAGGAAGUGGUUGAGGACUGCGGAAACCUGCUACCAGGGGGCGCAGCGAUGCGAAGCUACAGACGAACGAUGGCUGCCUCAUUACAUGCUUGGCAAAAUUGCCGAAAAGCAGCAUGCUGCGCCCAGUGCGUAUUUGCAGCAUUACAAGAAGGCAGCUGAGUACCUGCAUGAGACUGGGGCAACUUAUCCAAAGAAAAUCCACUAUUACAACCCUACCUAUCUUGCUGCGGAAGCAUUAGAGGUUUACUUUCGCAUGCACACAUCCAUCCUGAAGUACUUGCACAGAUGUGCACAAGGCAUAGACUAUAAUCUGCUUCAGACAUACAUCACUGAUGCUGCUAAUUCACCAUUUGCAAAUAGGAGUGAAGGAAUGAGAGGGUGGAUGCAUGAGGAGAGGGUUGCAAGUUCCGACUCUAGUGAUGGCAUUAAAGAGCCUCAGCCACCCAUCAGCUCCACACGUCCAGUAGUCAGCCCUACGGAUGACCUCACCUCGGAUCUCCUCAGUAGCAUCAUGGACGUCGUCGCUGUCGUUGACCACCUGGUGGCAAGAACUUGUAACGACGGUGACUGGAAUGAUGAGUUUUGUGUCGAUGAUAUCGUGACACAGGAGUCACGGAGCAUUGCCGUGGCAACUGAUGAACACAGUGCACAAGAAACAUCAGACGAUGUUACAUUUCACACACAAACGAGUGUUGACGAGAGGAAAAUUCUCAAUGAGAAGACACCAGUCAAGGAGAAAAUAACCGACGAAAAAAAGCUAGCGUCAUCUACGCACGUCGAUAGGCAAAACAGUCGCGACGACUCUGUGGAGGGUAUGCGUUCACUCUGGAACAGCAUCGGAGGGGAGAAGUCACCGAUGACAGGUUCACUUUCUCAGAAAGGAGUUUUCUGCAGUCAGCAGUCGUCUGUCAAGGAGGAGCAGCAGACGUAUAACGCAUGUUCCCAGCUGCUGCAGGAGCUUGUCAACAAAGUCUGCCAAGGUGAGAUUAAGGGUGUGAGCAAGAGACGAGGCCUUCACAAUCACGACAGAGUGCGCCACAUCGAUCUCAUACGCCAGUGCAUGCAUGGGCUGGCACUCUGCCUCUCUCGCUUCCCUCAUCACUACAAGUCGCUUUAUCGGCUAGGUUACCUCUACCUGCACUCACCUUAUGUCAAGAAUGUACGCCACAGUAAAGACGUGUUACUAGGGCCAGACAUUGGGUCAUCAUGGCAACAGCUGAAGCAUAUGCCAUCUCCUGCUCUGUUUCAAGAGAGAAAACACAGCAACUUCUUCAACGGGAUAUGGCGCAUUCCUGUGGAUGAGAUCAACAGGAGUGGCAGCUUCGCUACACAUAUGUACCGAUCGGUGAUGCUGCUGAUGGCAGUACUGCGAGAGCAGAGGGACUACAGCCAAAUGUACAGCAUCAGUGUCCAGCUUAGCCGCAUACCGGAUCCUGGAAAGAAAUAUGUGCGGGAUGUGGAUCGUGAGUUCCUAGCCGAAGAGACUUUCAGUGUUUGUAUUGAGAUCAUAAGAUAUGUCGCAGGAAAGAUGAAGGGACAGGACAUGCGUUUGAUUCAGACUUUCCUAAAAGACGUAUAUCGCAUAUGGAUGCAUGGACACAAGCUACCUGGUGCUAACACCAAGGCAGUAAACAGUGCAUUCAUCAAGGCCUAUCAACUUGUCCGCUCAGAUAAGAUAACUGUUAAUGAAAUAGUUUUGGAUCAAGCUGUGAAAUUCUGUCAGCAGAUAUCUACCAGGCUUGCACAAACGAACUUGGCGAGCUCGUGGGCGCAGUACAUACAGAGACGAGCCAGCGCAGACGUGCUGUACCGCACCCCCGCCGCCACUGCCUCUUCCUUCGCCCCCCAGAAAAGGAAGCAGAGCGUACUCGAACCGGGCGAGAUUCCCCGCCCGCGCCAGUUCACGGUGGUAUCGCCGGACAUCCGAAACGACACACUGCCAUUGAAGAAGCGGCGGCUGGGCGGCAAGGAGCGCUACGCGGGCGAGACCGGCGAGACCGGCUACCCGGGGGACGGCGCACAGCAGGCCAGUGCCGGGCUCAUCGCCUCCAUAGCAGAGAAACUGCGUGCGAAGCAGGAGCGGACGACGACGGUGGAGAGCCCGCAGGUGGCGCCGCCGGCUUCGGCGAGGCCGAGCAGCGCGUACAUGAAGGCCUUCUGCAGCUUCCUGGGCGCAGACAACAUCGAGAAGCAGUCGAUCAGCGAGGCCGAGCAGCUGCGGCAGAUCCAGCAGGUGUACGAGCAGGCGGCCCAGUCCGCGCGCACCGCACAGACUGCGGGCAUGGCCCAGUCAGCACGUGCAGCCCAGUCCCCGGCGCGCGCCACCCAGACCAUGGCCCAGUCCCUGGCACGCGCUGCCCCAACCAUGGUCCAGUCCCCGGCAUGCGCCGCCCAGUCCAUACCCCAGCCCCCGGCACGGGCCGCCCAGUCCAUACCCCAGUCCCUGGCACGGGCCGCCCAGUCCACGCCUGCAGGAGAGAGCGCGCCGGCAGCUAGGUCCUCCCCGGCCAGCCCGUUCAGCCACCUCAAGACGGCCAUCGAGCAGCAGAGAUCGUCGGAGAAGCAACCGCGGCUGGGGAUCUUCACUCCCGUGCUGCAAAAGCAGCGUUCCGUCGCUGGGCUGGCGUUCGGCAGGGCCCCGCCGCCGGCCGGCAAGAAGCCACGCACGGCGUCGACGCUCGUGCAGACGCUGCCCAAGCACAAGGCUGUCGCCGACGCGAAACCCGCCAGCUACUACACUGUCGGCAAGCCGAUGGUCGUCGCCGAGUCAGUCCCCGACGGCGGCGGUGACGACGGCGACCGCGGGGGCGUGCGGCCGAGGAGGCCCGCAGUCGCACACGUCGAGCAUCGCAGGCUGGUGAAGCCCUGCUCGGUGAAGCUCGACCCGCAGUCGGUCGUCAAGAGCUUCACGAAGCCGUCGUCCGCAGGCGGCGACGGCGGCAAGCGCGCAUUGGGCGCCGGCAGCAAGGACAAGCGUUUUGCACGUGCGACGGACACCGGCGCUGGUUAUCCGGCCGUCGCCGCGCGCGUGCCUUCGCAAGCGGCCGGCGUGCCGAGAAAGUCGUCUGUGCACGCGGUCGAGCUGUCGUCUCUCUCGCAGUCUCAGAUAUCGUCGAGGAGUAGUCUCUCGCACAGGCCGGCGGCGACGCACAUAGACGCCGCUGGGGGAAAGCUUGGUGGUUAUCAUCCAAGCGAGGCCGAAGCCAACGUCAGGGCGAUGAUGCAGUGGAGCUUACUGCAGGCUGGUAAACCAACACACACACCUUCCACACUCUCAACCCAGAUAUCUUCGCAAGCUGUUAAAGAGGCACGCAUGACUUCUGUAUAUUCAAGCCAGCGCGGGCAGCAGGCUGUGAAACGACGCCACACACCAUCCUCUCAAUCAAGCCAGAUGGCAAUGCAGGCUGCAAAGCAUGGGAUAUCUAGCACCUUACAUUCAAGCCAGUUGGCACUGCAGGCUGCGAAGCAUGGACAAUCUAGUGCCUCACAUUCAUCCCAGUUGGCAUUGCAAACGUCGAUGCAUGGGCAACCAGGCAAACAGGGGGGCAAAUGGGAAAAAUGGGCUGGAAAACAGCUAGAUUCUCUAACAGCAAAUCCUUCUACUUCUGAAAGUCGCUCCAUGCCACAGAAUACAGCUAGGACAAUAUCUUCACUUGCAAGCCACAUUACAUUGCAGCCAGGAACAAGUCAAGCUAUCAAGCAAUCAGGAUAUCUUUCCAGUAAACCAGCAGUCAGUACUCUCAUCCGUACCUACUACAGUAAGUCAGUACAGCAACCAGGGAAAUCGGCAAUCCAGUCAAAAACCAUCAUGUCUAAAACUGCAUCAGCUACCCUACAAGAAGUUCCAGGGCUUAAGACUGUAAGAGCCACAGUGCACCCUACCUCCCAGUCACAGCUGAGGAUGCCAUCAUCGUUGACUCACGAGAUUAUAGUUUUGUCAUCCAGUAAUUCAAGUGAUUAAGCUGACUAAGGGUAGUCAAGUAGUUACAUUAUCAUGCCAGUCUCAUGAUGUUUACUAAAUAAUCUUGAUAUGUAGGGGGUUACAUCCUAAUGCAUUAGUAUUGUGCUGUUUAUGUAGGCUUUAAAGUUUUUUUGUAAUGCAUGUACUUUGUUUCUACUGUGGAUGUGUGCGUCACGAGUAUCUGCAUGUCAUGUGUACAUGAACUGAUCAGGAGAUAUACCUACAGGGGCGUGUACAGGGGGGAUCCAGGGGGUCCGGACCCCCCCUGCUCGCGCAGAAAACGCAUCUAAGG